AUGGCAAAGGGGAAUUUGAUAGAUAUCAGAAGUAAGAAGCUGGGGAAAACAGGACCAAAACUAAAGGUCUACACAGAUGAGUUCCUGCAAUCAGUCCCCUUGUAUAAGAGGACCACUGAGAGAAGCUAUGCAGCAGCUCUGAAGAUACCACAUGUCACAAUACACAAACUGAAGAAGAAAGGCAAACUCAGAACACAUACAGCCACAAACCAUCCAUAUCUGACAGACAAUCACAAGGUAGCAAGAUUGAAAUGGGUGCUAAGUCAUCUAAUGCCUGCUGAAGUAAAUGGGGACCCAAAGUUUAUGGACAUGCAACAAGUUGUCCAUAUUAAUGAAAAAAGGUUCUACUUGAACCCAGAAACCAGGAGGUUCUACCUCCUUCCAAAUGAAGCAAACCCAUACAUGUGCCAACAGUCCAAAAGGUUUAAAGUCAAGGGCAUGUUCAUGGUAGCCAUUGGGAAGCCUAUUUUUAACCAACAAGGAGAAGUCAUACAUGAUGGAAAGUAUGGUAUUUAUCCAUUUGUGUAUGAAAGCACAACAAAGAAAAAAAGCAAAAACAGGGAAGCUGGUGUGGUGGAAAUCAAAGCUACACAGAAUGUCAACAAAGAAGCCAUAAGGGCAAUGCUAUUGAACCAUGUAAUUCCAGGCAUCAAAGCUAAAUGGCCUUCCAAUCUACCCAAGGACAUAUGGAUACAAUGGGAUAAUGCCAAACCCCAUCAAGUUCCUAUGGAUGAGGAAUUUCAGGCAGUCUGUCAGUCAGAUGGAUUCAACAUUGAAUUCAUAUACCAGCCCCCUCAGUCCCCAGAUUUAAAUGUGCUAGAUCUAGGGAUGUUCAGUGUGAUACAAUCACUACAAUACCAAUCAUUCCCAAAGAAUUUAGUGGAACUCAUAGAUAGGGUUAAAGAAGCAUAUGAGUUGUUCAACCCAGUGUUGAACAAAUAUUGUUGGAUAACCCUACAAUGCUGCAUGGAAGAAAUACUCAAUCACCUAGGGGGGAAUAACUUCACCCCACCACACAAAGGGAAGAAGAGGCUAGAAAGGAUUGGGAUGCUACCAGAAAUUUUAGAGGAGGACAGGAGGGUGGUUCAACAAGCUGUUGACUACCUCAACACCAUUUUCAUAUCAACUGAUCAAGCAAAUGAAGAAGAUGAAGGGAUGCAAGUUGAUGCAGACUAA